AUGUUAAAUGUUGUUAUUCAGCCAAAGGAUAUAAGUGCUUAUGAGAAAGCUCUCAAAGAGCAAGGAAGUGCUGAUGUAGCGUAUGCUCGUCUUAUGUUACUGGGAUCAGCUGGUACUGGCAAGACAUCUCUCAAGCGUUCAUUAAUGGAAGAACCUUUCAAUCCUCAUACUACAAGCACCAUUGUAUCUGAUGUAUCAUCCGUACGACCAUUUGGACACAAGUGGCAAACAAGGAGAGAAAACAAAUGGAGAGAAACCACAGAAAAAGAUGAAAUUGAGGAACUUGCACGUUUGUUUGAAUUCAGUCGUUAUAGACCAUUCUCACACCAUUCACCUUUAUUGAGUGCCCAAUAUUUGUUGGAUGAAUCAGCUUCUACUAGUCCCAUAACUUCCAUUUUGGGUAUAGAGAGUAGUUUUAUCCAAUCGAUACUAAGAAGAGCUUUACCUAGUAAACCAUAUCUUGUAACAAAAUCACUUGUUCAGCCAUUUCUUCAUAUAUGGGAUUGUGGUGGUCAGCCAGUGUUCCUUGAGAUUCUCCCAGCCUUCCUCACUCCUCGUACAAUGUUUCUCCUCCUGUUUGAUGCUUCAAAGGAUUUCAAGGAAAGAUGGCAGUCACGUCAGAAUACUCCUGAUGGUAAAGUGCUGUUUGGUGAGAUAUUGAAUGAAAGCACGAGUGAUCUAAUGGCCAAAUGGAUGUCUACAAUACACAGUCACCUUGUGAAGCACAACAAAGAUGAUACUUCUUCUCCUAGUCUCUAUUGUAUUGGCACUCGUGGGGACCUGCUAAAUUCAGAAAGCAAGAAAGAAGUAAAGCAACAAAUACAGUCUUUGUAUGAGGAGAAAGAGUUCUCUGAUCUCAUUAAAGAUGUGCUCAUCAUUGAUAAUACGACCUCAGGCAAAGGAGGAGAAGAAGAUCCAAGCAUUACAGAAUUACGUAAAGCUAUUGAUAGUUUUAUCAAAUCAUUGGUUGUACCAACACCUGUCAAUGUGGGUUCUUUUUCGCGAAGUUUAUCAAGAGCUUAAGCAGAAUAUCAUUAGUGUAUCUGAUGCCAUUGCCAUUGGAGUAGCAUGUCAUAUACCAGCAGAUGAUGUUCCUGAAGUAUUGAAAUUCUACCAUGAGCUGGGAGCUGUGCUUUACUAUCC